GUACGCGCGGGCCGGGUCGGCGGGCGGGCGGCGGGCGCGCCAAGACGUGGCCACCUCCUCACCGCCGGCUCCUGGCCACGCCGCGCCGCCUUCCGCUCCGGUGGCCGCUAGCCCGCCCCGGCCGCGCCGUGUGCCCUGCUUCGAGGUGAAGACGUGCCCCUCUUCGCCCUCUCGGUCAUCUCCGUUCUCUGCACCGAGUCCGGCCGCGCACCCCUGGGUGCUUCCACCGCCCCGAGGGCCGCAGCCAUGAGCGAGAUGUCCAGCUUUCUUCACAUCGGAGACAUCGUCUCCCUGUACGCCGAGGGCUCCGUCAAUGGCUUCAUCAGCACUUUGGGGCUGGUGGAUGACCGCUGUGUGGUGGAGCCUGCAGCUGGGGACCUGGACAACCCCCCUAAGAAGUUCAGAGACUGCCUCUUCAAGGUGUGUCCCAUGAACCGCUACUCGGCCCAGAAGCAGUACUGGAAGGCCAAGCAGACCAAGCAGGACAAGGACAAGAUCGCCGACGUGGUGCUGCUGCAGAAGCUGCAGCAUGCAGCCCAAAUGGAGCAGAAGCAAAAUGACACGGAGAAUAAGAAGGUGCACGGCGACAUUGUGAAGUAUGGCAGUGUGAUCCAGCUCCUGCACAUGAAGAGCAACAAGUACCUGACAGUGAACAAGCGGCUGCCGGCCCUGCUGGAAAAGAAUGCCAUGCGGGUGACGCUGGAUGCCACGGGCAACGAGGGUUCCUGGCUCUUCAUCCAGCCCUUCUGGAAGCUGAGGAGCAAUGGGGACAAUGUGGUCGUGGGGGACAAGGUUAUCCUGAAUCCUGUCAAUGCCGGGCAGCCUCUGCAUGCCAGCAAUUACGAGCUCAGCGACAAUGCCGGCUGCAAGGAGGUCAACUCUGUGAACUGCAACACCAGCUGGAAGAUCAACCUGUUUAUGCAGUUCCGAGACCACCUGGAUGAAGUGUUGAAAGGGGGAGACGUGGUGCGGCUGUUCCAUGCGGAGCAAGAGAAGUUCCUGACGUGUGACGAGUACAAGGCCAAGCUGCAGGUGUUCCUGCGCACGACGCUGCGCCAGUCCGCCACCUCGGCCACCAGCUCCAACGCCCUCUGGGAGGUGGAGGUGGUGCAUCAUGACCCCUGCCGUGGAGGAGCUGGCCACUGGAAUGGCCUGUACCGCUUCAAGCACCUGGCCACAGGCAACUACCUGGCUGCUGAGGAGAACCCCAGCUACAAGGGUGAUGCGUCUGAUUCCAAGGCAGUAGGCGUGGGUGCGCAGGGCCGCUCAGGUCGCCGAAACGCUGGGGAGAAGAUCAAAUAUCGCCUGGUGGCUGUGCCCCAUGGCAAUGACAUCGCCUCGCUCUUUGAGCUGGACCCCACCACGCUGCAGAAAACUGACUCCUUCGUGCCCCGGAACUCGUACGUCCGACUGCGGCACCUCUGCACCAACACGUGGAUCCAGAGCACCAACGUGCCCAUCGACGUGGAGGAGGAGCGGCCCAUCCGGCUCAUGCUGGGCACCUGCCCCACCAAGGAGGACAAGGAGGCCUUUGCCAUUGUGUCAGUUCCUGUGUCUGAGAUCCGAGACCUGGACUUUGCCAACGAUGCCAGCUCCAUGCUGGCCAGCGCCGUGGAGAAACUGAACGAGGGCUUCAUCAGCCAGAAUGACCGCAGGUUUGUUAUCCAGCUGCUGGAGGACCUGGUGUUCUUCGUCAGUGAUGUCCCUAACAAUGGGCAGAACGUCCUGGACAUCAUGGUCAGCAAGCCCAAUCGGGAACGGCAGAAACUGAUGAGAGAGCAGAACAUUCUCAAACAGGUGGUCAGCCUGGCGCACAAUCUCAUCUAUUUCGGCUUCUACAGCUUCAGCGAGCUGCUGCGGCUCACUCGCACCCUGCUCAGCAUCAUCGACUGUGUGCAGGGUCCCCCGGCCAUGCUGCAGGCCUAUGAGGACUCAGGCGGCAAGAACGUGCGGCGGUCCAUCCAGGGCGUGGGCCACAUGAUGUCCACCAUGGUGCUGAAUCGCAAGCAGUCUGUCUUUGGCGCAUCCAGCCUUCCUGCUGGUGCCGGGGCUGCUGAGCCGCUGGACAGAAGCAAGUUUGAGGACAAUGAAGACAUUGUGGUGAUGGAGACCAAGCUGAAGAUCCUGGAAAUCCUGCAGUUCAUUCUCAAUGUCCGCCUGGAUUACCGCAUCUCCUACCUGCUAUCCGUCUUCAAGAAGGAGUUUGUGGAGGUGUUUCCCAUGCAGGACAGUGGGGCCGACGGCACCGCCCCUGCCUUCGACUCCACCACUGCCAACAUGAACCUGGAUCGCAUCGGGGAGCAGGCGGAGGCCAUGUUUGGAGAGCACAUUGCCAAGCAGUUUGGGAUGAUGCAGUCCCAGAUCGGUUAUGACAUCCUGGCCGAAGACACCAUCACCGCCCUGCUGCACAACAACCGCAAGCUCCUGGAGAAGCACAUUACCAAGACUGAGGUGGAGACCUUCGUCAGCCUGGUGCGGAAGAACCGGGAGCCCAGGUUUCUGGACUACCUCUCCGACCUCUGUGUGUCCAAUCACAUUGCCAUCCCCGUCACCCAGGAGCUCAUCUGCAAGUGUGUGCUGGACCCCAAGAACAGUGACAUUCUCAUCCAGACCGAGCUUCGGCCGGUGAAGGAGAUGGCCCAGUCCCACGAGUACCUGACCAUCGAGUACUCAGAGGAGGAAGUGUGGCUCACUUGGACCGACAAGAAUAACGAGCACCAUGAGAAGAGCGUGAGGCAGCUGGCCCAGGAGGCGCGGGCCGGCAAUGCCCACGACGAGAACGUGCUCAGCUACUAUAGGUACCAGCUGAAGCUCUUUGCCCGCAUGUGCCUGGAUCGGCAGUACCUGGCCAUCGACGAGAUCUCCCAGCAGCUGGGCGUUGACUUGAUCUUUCUGUGCAUGGCAGACGAGAUGCUGCCCUUUGACCUGCGUGCCUCCUUCUGCCACCUGAUGCUGCACGUGCACGUGGAUCGCGACCCCCAGGAGCUGGUCACACCUGUCAAGUUUGCCCGCCUCUGGACUGAGAUCCCCACAGCCAUCACCAUCAAGGACUAUGAUUCCAACCUCAACGCCGCCCGAGAUGACAAGAAGAACAAGUUUGCCAGCACCAUGGAGUUCGUGGAGGACUAUCUCAACAACGUGGUCAGCGAGGCUGUGCCCUUUGCCAAUGAGGAGAAAAAUAAGCUCACCUUCGAGGUGGGCUGGGGCUUAGUGGGCUCUGGGAGCGAGCCUGUCCCCUCGGACAGCAGCGCCAACCGUGCCCACACCCGGUGCUGCAGGAAGACCAGCAGCAUGCUGGAGGUGGACGACGAGGGUGGCCGCAUGUUUCUGCGUGUGCUCAUCCACCUCACCAUGCACGACUACGCGCCGCUCGUCUCGGGGGCCCUGCAGCUGCUCUUCAAGCACUUCAGCCAGCGCCAGGAGGCCAUGCACACCUUCAAGCAGGUGCAGCUGCUGAUCUCAGCCCAGGACGUGGAGAACUACAAGGUGAUCAAGUCGGAGCUGGACCGACUGCGGACCAUGGUCGAGAAGUCGGAGCUGUGGGUGGACAAGAAGGGCAGUGUCAAGGGCGAGGAGGUGGAGGCAGGCGCCGCCAAAGACAAGAAGGAGCGGCCCACGGACGAGGAAGGCUUUCUGCCUCCGCCUGGGGAGAAGAGCAGUGAGAACUACCAUAUCGUCAAGGGCAUCCUGGAGCGGCUGAACAAGAUGUGCGGUGUUGGGGAGCAGAUGAGGAAGAAGCAGCAGCGGCUGCUCAAGAACAUGGAUGCCCACAAGGUCAUGCUGGACCUGCUUCAGAUCCCCUAUGACAAGGGUGAUGCCAAGAUGAUGGAGAUCUUGCGCUACACACACCAGUUUCUGCAGAAGUUCUGUGCGGGGAACCCCGGCAACCAGGCCCUGCUGCACAAGCACCUGCACCUCUUCCUCACGCCGGGGCUUCUGGAGGCGGAGACCAUGCAGCACAUCUUCCUGAACAACUACCAGCUGUGCUCCGAGGUCAGCGAGCCCGUGCUGCAGCACUUCGUGCACCUGCUGGCCACCCACGGGCGCCACGUGCAGUACCUGGACUUCCUGCACACCGUCAUCAAGGCCGAGGGCAAGUACGUCAAGAAGUGCCAGGACAUGAUCAUGACUGAGCUGACCAACGCAGGUGAUGACGUGGUUGUGUUCUACAACGACAAGGCCUCGCUGGCCCACCUGCUCGACAUGAUGAAGGCCGCCCGGGAUGGCGUGGAGGACCACAGCCCCCUCAUGUAUCACAUCUCCCUGGUGGACCUGCUGGCUGCCUGCGCCGAGGGCAAGAACGUCUACACGGAGAUCAAGUGCACGUCCCUGCUGCCCCUGGAGGACGUAGUGUCUGUGGUGACACACGAGGACUGCAUCACUGAGGUGAAAAUGGCCUAUGUGAACUUCGUGAACCACUGCUACGUGGACACCGAGGUGGAGAUGAAGGAAAUCUAUACCAGCAACCACAUCUGGACACUCUUUGAGAACUUCACCCUGGACAUGGCUCGGGUGUGCAGUAAGCGGGAGAAGCGCCUGGCUGACGCCACCCUGGAGAAGUAUGUGCUGACCGUCGUGCUGGAUACCAUCAACGCCUUCUUCAGCUCCCCAUUCUCUGAGAACAGCACCUCCCUGCAGACACACCAGACGAUUGUGGUGCAGCUGCUGCAGUCCACCACACGGCUACUCGAGUGUCCGUGGCUGCAGCAGCAGCACAAGGGCUCCGUGGAGGCCUGCAUCCGGACCCUCGCCAUGGUGGCCAAAGGCCGAGCCAUCUCACUGCCCAUGGACUUGGACGCCCACAUCAGCUUGCUGCUCAGCAGUGGUGCCAGCUGUGUGGCUGCUGCCCAGCGGAAUGUGUCUAACUACAAGGCGGCCACACGGACCUUCCCCCGAGUCACCCCCACCGCCAACCAGUGGGACUACAAGAACAUCAUCGAGAAGCUGCAGGACAUUAUCACGGCCCUGGAGGAGCGCCUGAGGCCCCUGGUGCAGGCCGAGCUGUCCGUGCUGGUGGACGUCCUGCACUGGCCCGAGCUGCUCUUCCUAGAGGGCAGUGAGGCCUACCAGCGCUGUGAGAGUGGGGGCUUCCUGUCCAAGCUGAUCCAGCACACCAAGGACCUCAUGGAGUCGGAGGAGAAGCUGUGUGUCAAGGUGCUGCGGACCCUGCAGCAGAUGCUGCUCAAGAAGGCCAAGUAUGGGGACCGGGGCAACCAGCUGCGCAAGAUGCUGCUGCAAAACUACCUCCAGAACCGGAAGUCCAGCUCGCGGGGGGACCUUCCGGACCCUGUGGGCACUGGCCUGGACCAAGACUGGUCAGCAAUCGCAGCCACCCAGUGUCGGCUGGACAAGGAGGGGGCCACCAAGCUGGUGUGUGACCUCAUCACCAGCACCAAGAACGAGAAGAUCUUCCAGGAGAGCAUUGGCCUGGCCAUCCGCCUGUUGGAUGGCGGCAACACCGAGAUCCAGAAAUCCUUCUACAACCUGAUGAUGAGUGACAAGAAGUCAGAGCGCUUCUUUAAGGUGCUGCACGACCGCAUGAAGCGUGCCCAGCAGGAGACCAAGUCCACGGUGGCUGUCAACAUGAACGACCUGGGCAGCCAGCCCCGCGAGGACCGGGAGCCGGCAGACCCCACCACCAAGGGCCGGGUGGCCUCCUUCUCAAUGCCUGGCUCCUCAUCCCGCUACUGGCCGGGCCCCAGCCUGCGCCGGGGCCACGAGGUGGGCGAGCGUGUGCAGAGCAACGAGAUGGGCGUGUGCGUGCUCAUCAUGCAGCCCAUCCUGCGCUUCCUUCAGCUGCUGUGUGAGAACCACAACCGGGACCUGCAGAACUUUCUGCGCUGUCAGAACAACAAGACCAACUACAACCUGGUGUGUGAGACGCUGCAGUUCCUGGACAUCAUGUGCGGCAGCACCACGGGAGGCCUGGGGCUGCUGGGGCUCUACAUCAACGAGGACAACGUGGGCCUCGUCAUCCAGACCCUGGAGACCCUCACUGAGUACUGCCAGGGCCCCUGCCAUGAGAACCAGACCUGCAUCGUGACGCACGAGUCCAAUGGCAUAGACAUCAUCACUGCGCUGAUUCUCAACGACAUCAGUCCCCUGUGCAAGUACCGUAUGGAUCUGGUACUGCAACUCAAGGACAAUGCCUCCAAGCUGCUUCUAGCUCUGAUGGAGAGCCGGCAUGACAGUGAGAACGCUGAGCGCAUCCUCAUUAGUCUGCGGCCCCAGGAGCUUGUGGACGUCAUCAAGAAGGCCUACCUGCAGGAGGAGGAGCGUGAGAACUCGGAGGUGAGCCCACGUGAAGUGGGCCAUAAUAUCUACAUCCUGGCGCUACAGCUCUCCAGGCACAACAAACAGCUGCAGCAUCUGCUGAAGCCUGUGAAGCGCAUCCAAGAAGAGGAGGCUGAGGGCAUCUCUUCCAUGCUCAGCCUCAACAACAAGCAGCUGUCACAGAUGCUCAAGUCCUCAGCGCCUGCACAGGAGGAGGAGGAGGACCCUCUGGCCUACUAUGAGAACCACACGUCCCAGAUUGAGAUCGUACGGCAGGACCGCAGCAUGGAGGAGAUCGUGUUCCCAGUGCCUGGCAUCUGCCAGUUCCUGACGGAGGAGACCAAGCACCGGCUCUUCACCACCACGGAACAGGACGAGCAGGGCAGCAAAGUGAGCGACUUCUUCGACCAGUCCUCCUUCCUGCACAACGAGAUGGAGUGGCAGCGCAAGCUCCGCAGCAUGCCGCUCAUCUAUUGGUUCUCCCGCCGCAUGACCCUGUGGGGCAGCAUCUCCUUCAACCUGGCGGUGUUUAUCAACAUCAUCAUUGCCUUCUUCUACCCCUAUGUGGAGGGCGCAUCCACAGGAGUGCUGGACUCCCCACUCAUCUCGCUGCUUUUCUGGAUCCUCAUCUGCUUCUCGGUCGCGGCCCUGUUCACCAAGCGCUACAGCGUUCGCCCCCUCAUCGUGGCGCUCAUCCUGCGCUCCAUCUACUACCUGGGCAUUGGGCCCACGCUCAACAUCCUGGGUGCCCUCAAUCUGACCAACAAGAUUGUGUUCGUGGUGAGCUUCGUGGGCAACCGUGGCACCUUCAUCCGGGGCUAUAAGGCCAUGGUCAUGGACAUGGAGUUCCUCUACCAUGUGGGCUACAUCCUGACUAGUGUCUUGGGCCUCUUUGCCCAUGAGCUCUUCUAUAGCAUCCUGCUCUUUGACCUCAUCUACCGUGAGGAGACACUGUUCAACGUCAUCAAGAGCGUGACCCGAAAUGGCCGCUCCAUCUUGCUGACCGCCCUGUUGGCGCUCAUCCUCGUCUACCUCUUCUCCAUCGUCGGCUUCCUCUUCCUCAAGGAUGACUUCAUCCUCGAGGUUGACCGGCUGCCCAGCAACCACUCCAGAGCCAGCCCCCUGGGGAUGCCACACGGAGCUGCCACAUUCAUGGGCACGUGCAGCAGGGAAGGGAUAGACUGUGUCUCAGGGGUCUCGGUGCCUGAGGUCCUGGAAGAGGACGAGGAGCUGGACAGCACGGAACGGGCCUGUGACACACUCCUGAUGUGCAUCGUCACUGUCAUGAACCAUGGGCUGCGCAAUGGUGGCGGCGUAGGCGACAUUCUCCGCAAGCCCUCCAAAGACGAGUCUCUCUUCCCGGCCCGCGUCGUCUACGAUCUCCUGUUCUUCUUCAUCGUCAUCAUCAUUGUGCUGAACCUCAUCUUUGGGGUGAUUAUCGACACCUUUGCUGAUCUGCGCAGCGAGAAGCAGAAGAAGGAGGAGAUUCUCAAGACUACGUGCUUCAUCUGUGGUCUGGAGAGGGACAAGUUUGAUAACAAGACGGUGUCAUUUGAGGAGCACAUCAAGUUCGAGCACAACAUGUGGAACUACCUGUACUUUAUCGUGUUGGUCCGCGUGAAAAACAAGACAGACUACACGGGGCCCGAGAGCUACGUGGCCCAGAUGAUCAAGAACAAGAACCUGGACUGGUUCCCCCGGAUGAGGGCCAUGUCCCUGGUGAGCAACGAAGGGGAGGGGGAGCAGAACGAGAUCCGGAUUCUUCAGGACAAGCUCAACUCCACCAUGAAGCUGGUGUCCCACCUCACAGCCCAACUCAACGAGCUCAAGGAGCAGAUGACGGAGCAGCGGAAACGCAGGCAACGCCUUGGCUUCGUGGACGUCCAGAGCUGCAUGAGCCGCUGAGGAGAGCCAUGGAGGCCCCAUCGAAGGCCCAGACAGGGAUGCUCAUCACUGGAGAGCUGUGACAGGGAACACUGCCCCUUUCCUUGGGUCGGGUGGCCCAGCCAGCCCACCGGCCUCAAGGCUAGAUGCCCACCCAGCCUCCAGCUCCUAAUCUGCCAGACCCCCCCCCCCCCCGGCCAACCCAGGAUCUGACCAGCAUGCAGGGGGAGCCCUUAAGAUUCAGAAAGUCACUGGGACUCAGUUUACCUUAAUGCCUUAGAGGAAGGUCAGUCCUCUUAAAGGACUAUUGCUUUGUCCCUGAAAUCAGAAACUGACAUUCCUUUUAUUCCUCCUUGUGGGUGAUUAGGAGUGGGGUCACCUCUUUAUUAAGCACUACAUUUUGGUUGCUGCCCACCUCUGGGGGGAGGUGCAGUAACACUGUUGCUAGUGAUUCUAGGGCUUUGUUACUUAACUUAUUCACAGGCUGUGCUUAGCCCUGCCCUCGGCUGCAUAGCCCCCCUGCCUCAGAUCUGCUGUAGACAGUGUAGACCUGUCUGUCCAGGCCGCCCCUCUGGUGCAGCCCCAGGUGGACUGGUGACCUGAGGAUGGAGAGCCUUGCUCAUGGGACCUGCCUCUUCGGGCCUCCUGGGAAGGAGUCACAGGCCCAGGUGACAGGGCUGUGAUGUGUUAGAGUGGCUGGUUUUUGACUGCUUGUGUUUUUUCCUUUUGGUGUAAUGUUUUACAAAUCCUUUGGCCUGAGAACUAAUAGGUUAAUUGCCUUAAAUAAAUUAAUAGAAAUACA